AUGUUUUGGGAAGCAGCUGUAUUGAACAAACUGUACAAGACCAACAGAUUCCGGGAUCUAUUACUCAACGAUACCACACACAAACGAUCUCCUCACCAAACCAUCCUCGAAGCUAUCAAACAAGAAGAGAUCACCAAGACCCAAACAGAAAACGACCUCUUCACAAAAUACCACAUACUAUCCAUAGAGGACCUUCAAGAGGAAUUAACUAAAUGUAGGCAUAGCUUAGAGUUACUUAUAAGUCCAGAGACGACUUCGUCCAGGCCUAAUAUCUGAUGCUUUGCAACUAAAAUUUCUGACAAUCUAACUCAUCUAGGGAAUGCCCAACUACUCUCAACUUAUGAUUCAUUGAUAGACACUGAAGACAAGGUAAGCGAUUGUUUGGUUAGGGGAGUGAGAAGGACUGAAGAGACCUCUAUUGUAGUUUUGAGAUGUUUUGGGAAUUUUUUGGAUAUUUAUGGGGAAAUUAGGUAUGAUAUACUAUAUGAAACUAGUAUCCAUUGGACUGGCCACUUGUUCAAGUGUUUGCAUGGCAAAGGCACCAACAAUACUUCCUUCGACCAUGCUCUCCCAGGUCUCAAGCAGCUCAACAAACACCUGGCUCUGAGAACCACCAUGGCCGGCCACUCAGUCGGUGUCCUCGACGUGAUCACAGUCAGCAUGCUUAGAAAGAACGAAGCAGUGUGGAACCGCAUGAAGCAGGCUCAGUUCGAAGGACUCGAACACAUUUACAGACACUGAUGUUGGAUUGAGGGUUUGAUGGAGAUCAAGUAUGACAAAAUCAAUGGGCCUCAGACAAAUAUUAAACCUAAGAAAGCAAAGAAAAUUAAAGAGAAACAAUUAACAGGAUCUAAUGAAGUACUGCAAGCAGUUAAAUCUGGAGAUACAAAGAAAGUUAAGAUGAUUCUAAGAGCAAAACCUGUUCUAGUGCAUUCAGUCGAUCCUAAUCACAAGAAGAAGCCAUCUCUUAUUCACAUUGCUUGUGCAAAUGGAGAUCUAGAGAUGUGAAAAUUACUUAAAGAAAAUAAUUGAAAUCUUGAAGUACUUGAUGUUGACUAUAUUCCUCCAAUUUAUUGGGCUAUUAAAGAGAAGCAUGCCAAUGUUGUCGAGUAUAUGAUUGGUCAGGACAUAAAUUUGGAGCACAAAGACUGCCACGGAAGAACAGCACUAUAUAUGGCAUCUAGAUAUGGAGGAUUAGCAGUUGUUCAAUUAUUAAUAGAUGCAGGAUGUGAUCCAAAUGUUGACUCCAAAACUUUCAGAACACCCUUGAUUAAAGCUUCGAAUUGACGUUUUGCUGAUAUAGUGAAAGCCCUCCUCGCAACAGGAAAAGUCGACCCAGAAAUGAAAGAUUAUCAAGGGAAGACUGCAUUGCAUAACUGAGUCUACAGGAAACUCGAAGAACAUGCUGAUGAAGCUCCCGGAGAUACUGAUUAUGGAUCUGAACAAAUUACUAAAAUGCUUUUGGAUUAUGGAGCAAAAGUUGAUUCAAGAGAUAGAAAAAACAAUACACCUCUAGGCAUUGCAGCACUUAACUUUGGAAAUAGCUGUAUCAAGUUAUUAAUAGAAAAUGGAGCUGAGAUCAACGUGAAGAAUCAAUACGGAAGUUCACCUUUCAUGAGCGCAUGCUACAAUGACAACCUUGAAUGUAUCAAAAUCCUGUAUGAAUAUGAUAGCCUUGAUACUUCUGGAACUAACCUUGACGGAUACAGCGCCUUCGAAUUGACGAUAAGACGAAACCAGCACAAUAUAAUCAAGUGGGUCAUUGAUGAAGAAGUCAAUAACAACAAGAAGUAUUCAGGAUUGGAUAUUCAAGCAUAUGACAAACAGAAAAUGCUGCAUCAUGCUGUUGAUUGCAACGAAAAUAAAGCGGAUGUACUCGAACUUAUACUUGAAUACAUUUGGUCGAAAGAGUCUGAAACGAUAACGAGAUGAUUUGUAGAUGUACUACACAGAGCAUUGCUUAGAUCUUCCAAACAUGCUGUUCAUUCUCUCCUGGUUUUCUAUAAACACAAAGAACUCUUCACUCACUUCAAACUCACUCAGGCUGUGCUCGAGUCAUCCAUCCACUUCAAUGACUCUGACACUUUCUCCCAGAUUGUUGAAUAUUAUGAUGGAGAACUGCCUCAGGUGGCUUUACAGUCAGCAGUGUUCACUCAAAAUUAUCACUUCGCUACCUUGAUCGUUGACACAUUUGCAGAGCAGUUCUGUGACUCCGAGAUAUCACAGAGUGCAGUUUGUGUUCCAGAUGAGUUCACUCAAGUCAUCACUAAUGAUGUGUUGCAAGAGUACACUUACUUUGCCAGAGUGGCCCACCCAAUAUUUAGUGAUGAAGCCCAGACAGCUCGCUUUACAGCUCUGAACCCUCUUCAACUUGCAGUGAGUCUGGACAACACCAAGCUUGUGAAGCUGUUGCUUGAUAAAACUGCAUACAAAGCUUCAUCAUUGUUGCCGAACGGUGACAACAUCUUGCACCUGGUGGUGAGUCGAUCAGAAGGAGACUCUUACAUCUUUCAGAAACUGCUUGCACAGCUUGAAAUUGAAACUGGCUCAGCAGAGCAAGUCCGCACUCAGUUCCUCGAACACAAGAACGAAGCUGAUGGACUGAGCGUACUCGAGUUCUGAGCUGGCAUGAAGAUCUACGCUCCAAUCGUGUUCAAGUACUCCAGUGUUGCUGGGUGACCAGAUGACGACAUGUAUGGUGCAGCAGAAGUGCUUAAUGUUGAAAUUGUGCAUGACCAGACUCCAGAACAAGAAGCCUCCACAGACAAGAAAGCCCUUGCAGAAAAGACUCGACUAGCUGCACGACAAGCUCACAAAGACCUCAUCAAGACCACAGAAGCACUUGCGAAGAAGUACCAGUUUGUAGUGGAGUACUCAGUCGAGUGUGGAAUCGACUUAUCAGACCCUUCAUACACAGAACACAUCCCCUCGAUCAAAGACAAGCCUUGCACCUUCGUUGACACUCUCGAAGCAUUGGAGCUGUGUGGAGCUGAACUGACUGGCCACAAAGUACUCGGAGUCGAUCUUGAGUUUGCAGGCGACAAGAGGAUAGCCAUUGCAUCUCUGCUACAGAUCUCUACACUGGAGGCUGACUACAUAGUCGAUGCACUUGUGCUCAGACAUGCAGUGGGUCCUGUGUUAAGUCCAGUUUUCGGUGAUCCUGCAGUUGUCAAAGUGUUUCAUGGCUGUGACUACGACAUCUUGUUGUUGCUGACAGACCUCGAAGUCGAAGUUGUCAACGUGUUCGACACCGGUCGUGCUCUCCAAGAAAUGAUGCGAACUGUGUCUUCUAGCGAGCCAUUGAUGACAUCUUUCGACUACCUGGUGUCAGCAUUCUUAGGGUUCAAGGCUAACAAGUUCUUCCAGAGAGCUGAGUGGAGACUGAGGCCACUUCCUAAAGUGAUGCUGAACUAUGCCAGAGCUGACUCACAUUACUUGUUAUUCAUAUACGCAGUGUUGAUAGACCUGAUGUUUGACCCCAGCAAGCCAAUAGCAUUACCAGAAGAAACUGCACAAGAACACUCUGAGAUGUUGGAGUUUAGAAGCAAAGAGCCGAAGCAAUGGAAGAGAGUGUUGAAGGAGCUUCAGAAGAAAAUGGCUAAGUUUAUGGUGCAGAGAAUUGAGAAGUCAGGCAAGAGAACAUAUGAAGUAAUAAUCCAUAAAGAUUAUUAA